AUGGUGCCAGCACCUCAUCUAACGCUCUUCUCGGAGGACCUGAUGGUCUUUGGAUAUCUCAUGACUGAUACCCGCGUGGAGUCCGCACCCGCUGCCGACAUAAACAGUCGCGUUGAUGAAGAGUUAGAGAGGCAAUUUGUGGACGAGGCUCAAUGCCCCAAGAUCCGUGAGCGAUAUCUCUAUAUGCUCAUCCCGUCGAGUGUCAAGGUUGGGUUGGAGGACGAUUAUAUAGACGGCUGUGAGCUGCUCAGCUCAUAUUUCUCUGCUGAAAGCGAAAACGAAAUCGGUGAUGACGAAGCGUAG